UUUUAUUACGACGAUAAGAUACUUUUUAAUAAAAACUAAAAGAGCUUUAAUUCUCAUUUUGUAGACAUUAAUAAAUUCUUUUACUAUCAAAUUGCAUGCGGCGGUUGAAAUGAAGAGCUAUAAUUGACUUGGAAGUUAAGGUGCAGAAAAGUGCUGAACGAUGGGUUCAAUAUUUCAACCUCUGCUCAUUGUAACAAUGACAACAAUUCUAGCUAUUGCUUUAGCGUGUCUGAUAGUUGGUGCUGUUGGUAAUUUCUGGUGGAAAGAUGAUAACAAUAAAGAGAUAGGGUUAUUGAGCACAUCAACUGGAAGUGACAUUAAUUAUAGAACAAAUGUAUUAAAGUUUAAUGCUCAGGAUGAUCAAGUCUCUGUGAAAAAAGAUAUUAUUUUAAUUUUGAUUAUCAUUGGAGGAGCCUUUGCUCUAUUGUCUAUAUGGAGUGCAUUAUUUUUGUUCUGCUGUUUUAAAAACAGAUCUCAUUGGUUAUGGGGUAGCUCAAUACUAAUUGUAACCACAUUUAUGGCGGGAGCGUGUAGUCUGGCAGCAAUUAUUUAUGCCGAAGUCGAAUUUAAAUUUGUUUGGGAAAAAUCAGAACAUGGAUACGCUGCUGUUUUAACUUGGGUUGGUUCAGGAACAUGUGUCGUUGCGUUUAUAAUUUCAUUUUUUUCAAUCUGUAUUACCCCGACAAAUGAAUAUCUUACUCAUGCUUAUAAUCAAGGUAGCUACUUUACUUACGAUCGUGAAAAAGGAUUGCAAAUGGACAACAUUGGUUACGAUGGCUCUCAUUAAAACCAGUUUAAUUGAAAGUUCAAUUUAAGAUGUUUUGAUGAUGAAUUCAAUUCAGAUGUUUUUUUCAAGCUUAAUGUUAUUUUGAUUGACUAAAUAUAUAAAUAGUAAUUUUAAA